AUGGUCAAGAUUAAGAGCAUUGAAUAUUUCCGUGUCCUUCCCAGAUGGCUGUUUGUCAAGAUUGUUGACGAAGAGGGCCAAUAUGGCUGGGGUGAGAGUACGCUUGAAGGCCAUACCGAAGCCGUGGAAGGGACGCUUAAUGCAUUGUGCAAAAGAUUUCAGGGCUACGAAGCAGAUGAUAUCGAACACAUCUGGCAAAUGGCCUGGCGACUCGGAUUCUACCGCGGAGGGCCGGUCUUCAUGUCCGCCAUCUCCGGCAUUGACAUUGCGCUCUGGGAUCUCAAGGGCCGCCGGCUAGGCGUCCCUGUCCAUCAGCUCCUUGGAGGCAAAGUCAGGAACAAGCUCUCCGUCUACGCCUGGAUCGGCGGAGACCGUCCAGGCGAUGUCGAAGCCGCGGGCAAAGCACGGCUAGCGCAGGGGUUCAAAGCGAUCAAGAUGAACGCUACAGAAGACAUCAACUGGCUGGAUUCGCCCAGUGUGCUCGACUCAUGCGUCGAGCGCCUCAAGGCUGUCAAGGCGCUCGGCCUCGACGCCGCCCUCGACUUCCACGGCCGACUGCACAAGCCCAUGGCGAAACAGCUCGCCAAGGCCCUCGAACCUCACCGGCCGCUGUUCCUGGAGGAACCUCUCCUCUCCGAGCAUCCGGAGGGCAUCAAGCAGCUCGCGAAUCAGGUCUCGUGCCCCAUCGCGCUAGGCGAGCGGCUCUACAACCGUUGGGACGUGAAGCGGUUCCUCGAGGACGCGAGCGUCGACAUUCUUCAGCCGGAUAUCAGCCAUUGUGGUGGGAUCUCGGAGCUGCGGCGCAUUGCCUCCAUGGCGGAGACGUAUGAUGUUGCCAUUGCGCCUCAUUGUCCGCUAGGUCCGAUUGCUUUGGCAGCGUGUAUGCAGGUUGAUCUCGCUACGCCCAACUUUGUGAUCCAGGAGAUGAGUCUGGGGAUCCACUACAACACGGAGGCUGGCGAGUAUGACAUCACAAGCUACGUGAAGGAUCCUAGUGUCUUCGAGGUGAAAGAUGGUUAUGUUGAUGCCCUGACGGCUCCGGGGCUGGGCAUUGAGGUCGACGAGGAGAUUGUUCGGCAAGUCGCUCUGAAGUCGGAACCCUGGCUGUGCAAGGAGUUCUUCGGUCCCGAUGGCGGUAUUCGUGAAUGGUGA